AUGAGAAACGGAGUUCCGUUAAAGAAGAUGGCUCGGUUCAUGACUCAAGUUUUUGUUCUGAUAUCUUUUCUUCAAGGUGUUUACUCCCAAACGUCAGGAAACAAAUCUAAUAUCGGUAAACCGGGACAAAACCUCGCAUCUCCCCCGGUUACGCUUAAGAAAAUUGGCCUUAACCAAGUUGUCAUUGAUAAUGGUAUCAUCCAAGUCACCUUCUCGAAUCCAUCAGGCUUAAUAACCGGAAUCAAAUAUAAUGGUAUUAACAAUGUGUUGAACGGCAAAAUCAAGAAUCGCGGGUAUUGGGAUGUAGUAUGGUAUGAACCCGAAAAAGAAUCGCAAACAGAUUUUUUAAAAGGAGAAAAAUUUGAUAUUAUAAAUCAAACAACUGAGCAUGUCGAAAUUUCAUUUUCAAGAACAUGGACUAUCACUCGACGUGGUUCGAUAGCCCCAUUAAACGUUGAUAAAAGGUAUAUUAUUCGGAGUGGUGUAUCCGGAGUACAUAUGUAUGCUGUGUUAGAGAGGUUAGAAGGUUGGCCGGAAGUGGAGAUGGACCAAACCAGAAUCGUCUUUAAGCUUGACACAACAAGAUUCGAUUUUAUGGCAAUAUCAGAUAAUCGGCAGAAAACUAUGCCUUCUAAUGCAGAUCGAGAUAUCAACGAUGGCGUUGCCGCCAGAUUGGCUUACAAAGAAGCGGUUCGGUUGAAGAAUCCACAAAAUCAUAUGCUUAAAGGACAGGUUGACGAUAAGUAUAUGUACUCGAUGGAAGACAAGGACAACAAAGUACAUGGUUGGAUCUCUUCUAAACAACGUGUGGGCUUCUGGAUGAUUACUCCCAGUGAUGAGUUCCGUACAUGUGGGCCCAUCAAACAAGAUCUCACUUCUCAUGUUGGACCCACCGUACUUUCUAUGUUUACAAGUAUACAUUACGUGGGAAAAGAAAUUAAUACAGCUUAUGCAAGCGAUGAGCCGUGGAAGAAAAUGUUUGGUCCUGUCUUUGUCUAUCUCAACUCUGGCUCCUCUAGUGAUCUCCUUUGGACCGAUGCUAAACGACAGAUGGCUGAGGAGGUUCAAAGCUGGCCUUAUGACUUCGUGAAGUCAGUAGACUACCCUCUUCGCCAACAAAGAGGAACAGUCAAGGGUCAACUAUUUGUCAUGGACAGUUACAAAAGCAAGUCGAAGUUAAACGGGGAAUUUGCUUUUGUGGGUUUAGCAUUACCUGGUCAAGCUGGUUCAUGGCAAACCGAAAACAAGGGAUAUCAAUUUUGGACACGAGCAGACAAAAUGGGGAGGUUCGCUAUAGCGAAUGUGAGACCAGGAAGUUAUAGCCUCUACGCAUGGGUCGUCGGAUUUAUCGGAGACUAUAAAUACGAGUGCGACAUUAUCAUCACACCAGGCAAAGAGAUAAACGUAGGACCCAUCGUGUACGAGCCGCCAAGAAAUGGUCCGACGCUGUGGGAAAUCGGGGUACCGGAUCGGACUGCAGCAGAAUUCAAUAUCCCAGAUCCGGAUCCAACCCUUUUCACCAAACUUUAUCUUAAUAACGCAAAUCCUUCUCAAGACAGAUUUAGACAAUAUGGUCUAUGGAAUCGUUACAGUGUUUUGUAUCCUCGAAAAGAUCUUGUUUUUACUACUGGAGUAAGUGACUAUAAAAAAGAUUGGUUCUAUGCACAUGUCAACAGAUAUUCUGGAAAAGAAAAAUAUCAAGCAACGACAUGGAAAAUUGUGUUUAAUUUAAAAACAGUGAUUAAAACAGGAAAUUACACACUUCGAAUAGCUCUGGCUUCAGCCACAAAAGCGGAUUUGUUUGUUCGGGUUAAUAAAGCCAAUUCCCAUCCUAUUUUCAAGACCGGGUUAAUAGGUCAGGACAACGCGAUCGCUAGGCAUGGAAUUCAUGGUCUGUACAGAUUAUACAGUAUCGAUGUUCAAAGAAAGUUGCUUAGGGUUGGCGAUAAUACAGUUUUUCUUACUCAAAAUCGGAAUACUAGUUUUUUUACAGGUGUUAUGUAUGAUUAUCUUCGUUUGGAAGGUCCAUAUUAA